GCAGAAUUAUGACCGCUUUCUCUCUAUCGCCAUGGCGGGUCGGCGGGAUGGAUGGAUCCUCGCGGAAGUUAAUACCGAACGUACGGCCUACUAUACCUCUAUUCCGCAUAUCUCGCGUCUCUCGUUGUGCGUCAAUCAUGAUACUGGGGCUGCAUACUUAUAGCUGCUCGUGCUGUUAUUUCUGCUGACGCUAUUCGCGGCAUCGCGGAGUUCUCUGCUCUCUCUCUCUCUCUCUCUCUCUCUCUCUCUCUCUCUCUCUCUCUCUCUCUCUCUCUCUCUCUCUCUCNUCUCUCUCUCUCUCUCUCUCUCUCUCUCUCUCUCUCUCUCUCUCUCUCUCUCUCUCUCUCUCUCAAGCACGCGCGCAUCUGUAUCAUCUUCCCGCAGGGGCAGCAGAAUUGGCUUAUGCCUAUCCGGGGAACGACAAGAGGAAUGUUGAGCCUCAGGUAUAGUUGCUUGUGUGGACCUCCUCCUCUGCUUAAGGGGCGUACAGACCACUUCUGCUAGUGAGGGAAAAUGGAAUCCCCACUUUUAUCCAAGCGCCGGGGCUACAUCCUGUGAGUUCAACUUCUUCCAGGGAGAACUUGGGAGAGGGUGGUUGCUGGUGUUGAGGGGAAGCAACUGCAAGUAAGGUGGGGUAUUCCAGGCAAUCUGGAAGACAGCAGUUGGUGUGGCGUUGUGGUAGACGCUCACAGCAGAAGGCCCAUCAACCAUGGCAGACCCCCCACCCUUGCAGCAAGGCGCCGCAGCUCCAUCUGCUGUGUCUCCAUCCACUGUGCCUUUGGCAUCYCRAUCUCUURGUUCUCAGACGUCGCCAGCUGGCUCCUUACCUUUCUGGUGUUAUCAGUGCAACACCCAGGUCGAUCUUCUUCCCGGUGCUGAAACUAUAUGCCCCACUUGCAGUAGUGGCUUUCUGRAGGAGAUGGAAACAGCAGAGGUGGGUGGUGCAAUUCGCCAGCMGAGKCRGYGCUCUCAAGKAAGGCACCCGAGACGUUUSCAGGUUGACCUCGAGCGAUUUCCACCUCAGCAACUUGUGCGUAUUCUGGAGCUCUUUGGGCAGCCGAUCAUGCAUGGGGUAGAUGCAUCUGAGAGGCGGCGGCACCGAAGGAGGAGGGUACGUGAGAGGCAGAGAGAAAGGGGAAGGGAGAGGGACGCGCAGGGCAAUGCAGGGCCUGAGCAAGCAAUAGCUGGUGAGGGCCACGAUGGGGCCAGGCCCUCAGAUGAAAGCACCCAGGUAUCAGAUCAUGCUGAAGCCAGUGCCCGAGCGGAGCGAUGUGAUUCGCCUGCUGCUAUGGCUAGCAGUGCAGCACAUGGGCGAGCAUCCGUAAAUGGCAGGCUCGGUGAAAAUCAUGGAAUGGAGGAUGCUCCUAUGAGCAGGGGUGGUGGGGCCUCUGGUUCUGGAGGGAAUGGAACGUCUGCAGCAUCUGAAAAUUCCAGGAGGAGGAGUGAUAUGGAGCUGGAUGAUGAUGGUGAGGGAAUUGAAGUGGAAGACGAGGAGUGGGAUACUGCUGACGAGGAUGAUGAUUAUGAAGGUGUGGGUGGUGAGGCUGGUGAGGACGAGGAUGGGGAUGAGGAUGACAACGAUGAGGAGGAGGAGGAGGAGGAGGAGGAGGAGGAGGAGGAGGAGGACGAUGAAAAUGAACUGGAAGAUGAUGACGAAGAGGAGGACGAGGAAGAGGAGGAUGAAGAAGACGAAGAAGAGGAGGACGAGGAUGAUGAUGAGGAGGAGGAGGUUGAUUUGGAUUAUGCCCAGGAGCUGGAGGAUGAAAACAGAGAUGAGCAUGAGAGACUGGAACAGGGUGCAAGGGUGCUGCAAAUCCACGAUGAUGGGGUGGAAAGGGAAGUCACGGUGAGGGAAGUUGGCAUUGAAAUCAGAGAGGAGCAGAGUGCUGAAGCUGCGGGAGAAAAUCCAAGUGCUGCAGGGGAUGCAGAGGAGGGGCAGAGACAGCGAGAAGAUGGGUCAUCCAGUGGCCGAGCAGAGGAAGCUGCAAUGAGUAGAGGUAGGGCAGGUGGGACAAGGGAGGAGAUCCUUCUGACGGCUACUCAGAGGCGGAGUCGCCGUCCCCGAAGGCGGUCAAUGAAUGACAGCAUUGCCGUCUAUGUACAGAACUUGAUGCAAGACCUCUUCGAGCGCAACCUGUCGGAGCGGAACUUUGAGCUCCGUUUUGCGCUCCCCACCACAAACUUCAUUGGAAAUCCCGGGGAUUACCUGGACGCUCGUGGCUUUGAGCAGUUGCUCAACCAGCUCGCGGAGAAUGACAACUCUAGGAGGGGUGCGCCGCCUGCAUCCAAAGCAGUUGUGACUGGACUUCCCACUGUGAUUGUCACUAAGGAGGAUACUGAACUAGGGUUGGCGCAGUGUGCAGUGUGCAAAGACAAUGUGGAUGUCGGUGGAGAGGCGAAGGAACUUCCUUGUUCACACCGCUACCAUGCUGACUGCAUAUUCCCCUGGUUGGCCAAUAGGAAUUCGUGUCCUGUCUGUAGAUUCGAGUUGCAGACCGAUGAUCCAGAUUAUGAAGAACAGAGACGACAGAGUAGGGGACGAGGCGGAGGUGAUGCACAUGGAGGGAAUGGGCCAGGAUCCAGGCAAGGGGCCAAUGGAUUGCUGUUGCCACGCACUCAGGAGAGUAGUCCAUUGCGCACUGCCCUGGAUCGUAGCCCUGAUGCCAGUGGAAGCCGAAGACGAGAGGAAGGGUCGGAAACACCUCUGGGUCUUAGACAUGGCAUGGGUGGAGAUGAUGGUAGUCUGGAAGGUCCAUCUGUCUUUGAAGACGGUAGUCUGCAGCAGGAGGCAGUACGAAGUGAAGGAACCAGAAGAAUGAGAAGGGUGCAGGAUGUCAGAGACCAGAGAGUCUCUGAGAUGUUGUCAGCAGCUCUUCAUUUUGAUGGAAUAUCGUCAGAUGGUUCGAUACAGGGAAGGGCACUUGCCUUGGUUUCUGCAGGAGGGAGAAGUGGGGAUGGAGACGUUGAGGGUACUGCAAAUGACCUGAGGUCAAGGCUGAGGGGAGGUAACGGAGCUAGCGGAACUGGGGGUAAUAGUACGGCCGGAGCUGCUACUGCUUUGCAAAGUACUGAUCCUGCCUCGCAGUCAUUGGAGGAAGAUGGGAAUGUGGAUGAUCGGGGGAGAGGUGGUGGAGCUGGUGCAUCCUCUAAUGGGGGGGGGGGGUUCUUCAAACUGGACAACAGUUAGGAACACUCUGCUGAACGUUGCGGUCGGUGUUGCAUUUUAUUUCAUUGGCUUGCACGUUGUUGGAUUUCGAGAUCAAAGAAGGGUACGUGAAGGCUUCACUACGGAAAUGGGAGAUUUCAUGCAAAACAGGCGGCGAUCAUGGUGGCAGAUCUUCUGAGUAGCAGAACCUGUCGGCAUGCUGCAUGGUUCGUAUCCCUGUGUGCUUAGCGGAACCACCCUUUGGAAUGCUCUUAGUUCUCCCCACACCUCGUCACGAACAAAGGAAAUUGUCGAUCUCAUAUGUUAAAUGCAGAGGCGAGCAGCAGUUUGUCUGGUCGGGCCUUUUCACGAGGAACUGUGCAGAACCGCUCGCAGCCCCAGAUGAGUGCCUCGUUUGUGGCAAGCCCCAGAUCCGAGGAUGCUCGAAAUGAAUUUGCUGGGAGCAUAUAUGGUGCGGAUGGAAAAGCUUGCCGAUGGUGAAGGCUUGACUGCAUGUAAAUGUCACUCAUGCUGUUAUCUUUCCAGUGCAUGCUUGGAAGAAGCAUGUGGAUUCGCAUGGGCGCAACAAAGACACUAGUGUAGAUCUCCCCUUGGAUGUGUAGAUGUGUCAUUCUCUCGUACCAUGUCUCAGUUUGUUUGUAUUUGUAUCACUUUUGAGCAGCUACACAGAGCUGGGCUUGCAUGUAUAUGCUCUGCACCAGCGUCCUGGCGUGGGCCGUGGGGCACGCUGGAAGUCUGCAGGAUGGGUUUCUUGCUGUGCACUGCAUACCAGUCGGAGUGGGCUGUACACCCGCAGACAGCAUUGCUUCAUUUCUUUACCUACUUCUUGCGUUGUGAGGUACACAUGCUGGACACAUCGAUAAUUGUCUCAGCAAGCCCCACAAAUGGUCUUCUCUUUCCAUUCCGUUUUUCUGUUAUUUGUGUAUUUAGCGCUGCACGUCAGGAGAGCAUUUGUGGAAAUGUUGAUCGAUUGACCUUCCAUGUGUGUUUUGUCAUGUUUGAUUAUGUCUGAUGGUGACCGGUCUGACGUUCCGUGGUUUGUCAUUAUCAUGAUAUGUGAUCCUGUUUGGCCAACUGCUGUGUUUCUUUAGCUCUCGCUGAACCAGAGUGAGGAAUCAGCCACCACCUACUUCAGAAGAAAAAAAAAAGGUCAGAGGGGGAGGAGCAGGAGGAGGAAGGGAAGGAGGAGGAGGGGAAGGAGGAGGAGGGGAAGGAGGAGGGGGAGGAGGUGGUUUGGAUAACUGGCUGAUGCAGAGUCAGAGGAACGAUGUCGUCACGAUAUUACAGUGCUGAUGAUUUUUAGAUUUUCCUGAUUUUCAGAUGUGUAUGUUUCUCCAGUGUAACCUACAGAGUAUGCGGUUGAUUUGAAUGACAUCCAUGUCACGAAUCGUGCUGAACCUGCCUGUCUACAUCCCUUCCAGUCCAAUGGUGUGACUAGAUUCUCCCGCACUUCAGUUGGCGUCUGGCCUGGUUACUUGUAUGGAUUGUUUGCUGUGAACCAUGUAGCUGCCCUCCUGUGUGCUUAAUUGCAUGGAGGAAGCUGAACCCUUGUUCGUGGUGGUGAGAUUGGCAUUUCCUCGCAGCAGAUGUGCGAGGCCGGUUGCUGUGAUCCUGUGCUUUAAGUGCGCAGAAGAAACCUAACUCUCUUUUUCGCAUCUGACAUAUGGCCCUUGGCAGUGCACCUUGUCCAGAUGCAUUCAUGGGUCCUUCCUUUGUGUCCUAAGCUUUUGCUUUGCCAAUGCAGGGAUGAGUGUGUAUGCCCCCCGUUUCGUUCUCGUCUGGGAUUGUCUUUCUUAAGUCAAUGAAGGUAAGGAGAAAAU